AUGGCCGAAAAGCUGUCUCUCCCGUCGCGACUUGCCGCCGUCCUCCCACUUGGUCUGGAUCUUCGGGCAUAUCAUUUGUCAACUCCGCCUACACCAGCACCUGCCCUGUUCGCGCCUCUAAAUGGCCAUGACGAGGAAGCCACUCUCUGCGAGUCACAUUUUCUGGUUGUGUCCUCUCCCGAGCAUCAUGGCCAUGAAGAGGUCUUAGUCUACGCCAUCGAGAUUUUGAUCUUCACAACCCGGUCCCUGGUCACAUUGUUUGUUUCCAAAGCCGACUCUUCAGGAUUCUCUUUACGUCUCAAUCAACAAAAACGCUCUCCGUCUGCCGUCGCUGCCAUCACGUCUACCUUUGUAGAGUUCUUACUCGAACCUCGUCUGGCCAGUUCAAGGGUUGUCGUGUCUCUUUUCGCCCGCUCGCAGAACCAAUAUCUUUUCCCGGGAAGUUCCGAGAAUGCGGGAAAACACAUUUUGGACGACCGUCAGCUCAUCAAGUGGUGGUGUCGAGUGCUUGAUAGAGUGUUACGGCAUCCUAGGCAUGAUUCAAUGGCUACUGCCCAUCUCUUGGUCCCGGGAUGCGACAAGAGCGAAACCAAGGCUUUUUUCCCGCCAUCGAGUCGAGCGGAUUCGUCUUCAGAUCCGAAAUGGGUCAAUUCAUAUCCAGCCAGCCUUUUGGUGACUGAUCCAUCGAUACCUCCCAGGCACGUGGUUCCCCACCUUCCCGACGACCCAAAAGCACGGUUUCUCGAUGACCUGAAUGGCGACUUUGUCGACGAGAAGGGAAACUGGCGGAGUGUCAAAAGUCUUGAUCAGUUUUGGGAGAUGAUGUCCUAUAGACAGGAAUGUUCUGCCGGAAGACUAGUUGGUUUUCUUUGGUUGGUCUUCUCCCGGGGUCAGACUAAACACGUUGCUCUAGGCGAGCUUGCGCAAACCGUUCAGAUAGAGAAUCUCAACAAGACACCCACUCAAUUGAGCCUUAUUACCCCUGCCAAUUCUCAGCAGCAGGAGACCGGCGUGACGGAAUCAGACCCGCUGACUGCUACGGCCCUCGAAAUGAUCGCAGAACCCAGCUCACCGCCUUCCUCUUCCCCUGUACAGCCCGAGUCUGGAUCGAACACCCUCGAACAAAUUCAAAAUGCAAACCAAGGUGCUCCUGCGCCAGCACUAGCUGAGAAGUCAAUGUUAUCCGCGACCGAGGACACGCAGGGCGAGCUUGUCAUGAACGUUCAUGAGUACCAGGCCCUGAUGGAUCAUCUUUUGCAGACUGACUUUGCUGGUGAAAGCCUCGCUGCAAAGUCCACGAGAAGCUGGAUCGACAAGGCUUUGGAACUGUCACAGGUGGCCUCAUUUGGGCGUCCCAUACAUGGCCGUGCCGCCCGGGUCUUGGCUCAGCCCCCAGUGCCGGACAUUGUGUCAUCAGCCCAAGUUAACAUGCUGACUGGCAUCCGCAAAAAGAGGAAGGCGGACACAAUGGAGAAAGGCACCACCACAGUUGAGAGCACGCUAGGAGCGUCUGCAGCAACCGCCAAUACAUUGCUGUCCAGCUUGGUGAGAAAGAAGCCAAAAUCCUAA